CGUGUGUGCGCGUGCGGGUGUCAUGUGCUGGAUGCGGGAUGGCCUCCACCACUCCGCCGACGGAGAAACGCAAUAAAUACGGCCGGCAGCUGAGCACCUCCACCUUGAAAGACUCCAGUCUGCUGUGCCGCCACCUCUCCAAGUCCGCCUCAGAGUUGAGUCGUCGCGGCGACAUCCACCUGGAGACGGCGGGGGCAGACGCCUCCACUCCGGGCCCGGGGGCGGCACAGUCCGCCUCCAACGUACACAACCACGUCAGCGUCGUACAGAAGACGCACUACUUCUUCAGCACGCUCAAGGAGAGAUGGUCCCGUGGUCGCAGCAGGGAGCGGAGGCGGCGGCGCGACGUGGGGGCGGCGGGUGGCUCGGGGGCGGUAGAGGAGAGCCACAGUACCGACUACGCCGCCGACAACAGCAGCGAACACAGCAGCUCUGUGACGCCUCUCACACAGUCUCCGAGACAUCGACAUCUCGGGUCUCCGCCUCCGGACUCCCCCCUGUUGAUGGGCCACAGACAAUCCUCGGACUCCGCCCCGCCCGGUGACUCGCCCAGUAGCAGACCCAAGGUGACCACCUCCAGCAACCCCGUGGCAGACGCUUCCAACCUGGAGGCUGCUCUGGAGUCGACUGUAAGGGUGUGUAAUGGAGCUCUUCUGACAGACGAUGGCCCCGUCCCUUCCCCCACCACCACCUGUGAAGACGAUCCCUUGCAUGAGGCAUGCGUAGAAAAAGACGACUUAACGCGGCAAAGAGAAUCUCAACUUAGACAACAUUCCUUCUUCCAGUUGAGAGUUCACUUGAAGCGAGGGAAAGAUCUGAUAGCGAGAGAUAAGAGCGGCACAAGCGACCCAUAUGUCAAGUUCAAGGCGGGCAGUCGACUCCUGUACAAAUCCAAGACCAUCUACAGAGACCUGAACCCAGUAUGGGACGAGAGCUUUGUUUUACCCAUCGAAGACGUGUUCAACCCUAUACAGAUAAAAGUGUUUGAUUAUGAUUGGGGUCUCCAAGAUGACUUUAUGGGCACAGCCUAUCUGGACCUGACCAAAUAUGAAUUCGGAAAACCCACUGACGUUAUCCUCUCACUUAAGGACACGGGCAAGUCCGAGUAUCUCGGGGAGGUCCACCUCACUUGCACUCUCUGGCCCAAGUCCCAGGAGGACAAAGAACAGCUGUGUUAUGUUUAUAUUGAGUCUCGCACUAGAUGA